AUGGGUUCCCGGGUGUUUAUGUGCCUGAUUGGAAUUGUGUACAUCUACUAUCAGGUCUUUGCAAAUACUGCUAAUGAAGAAACGUCGGGCGAUGUCUACUUUGGUGAGCUGAUGGUGGAGAGUAAUGUCACACUGAAUGCUCAUGAUAUCGAGUCAGCUUUGAAAGACCUUCCCCUCACAGUGGAUGUCGAAGGGAAAUCCCACAAUGUGGCCGUCUUACUCAGUGAAGUGAUUUCAGAGUGCGUGAUCGUUGGAGACAAAUCCACAUGCAACUGCUCUGAGAAUUACUUUUGGAGCAAUGAAGUGUGCACCAGUGAAAACUGUUGUAAUGGAACUUUUUGCACGGCUAAUGUGUCACACAUCACACCACUCUGCGUUGCCAGAUACAAAGUUCAAAUCAAUGGAUCAGUUAUAAUGAGCGGCUGGGAUAAAACCAAAGAAGCAAAGCUUACAAGUGAACUCCAAAAACUGAAUGCCUUUGACGGUGUGAACAUUUCCGAGAACGCUGAAGGUGCUAAAUUUGAGGCAGCUGUCAACGUCAAAGUUCUGACUUCUGAACUUCAAAAAAUAGUGACUACUCUGGAAAAAGAAUGGAACGCUGUAAUUUGGGUUGACACUGUAGGAAUGGUCACCAUGGAGUCCCCAGACAGUAAAGUUUGCUAUAUGACAAGGCAACAGCUGAUAUGCUUUUUAGAGGAGAAGACAGAUAGCGCUGGCUGGAACUUGACCAGGCAGGACGAGCGCUUUGAGAUCAACAGUGGCACUGUGGCGACAGUGAGUCAAUCCUGUGCCACAGAUGAAUACAAGUCAUGUGUGAACCUUACGAUCGAGGAAGUUACAGGCUUGUGGGAAGGUACAUACGAGUGUGGAUUCACUAAAGGGUCAGUCAGGCACACAGCCAAGACACAGCUGUAUGUGGCACUCCUUCCUGACGAGAUCAACGUGGAGUUAAAACCUCUUGUAGUGGACUGUUCAAAAGAGGACGGCUCUCAAACCGUUGCUUUGUCUGUCGCUGUCAGCAUCAGACAAAGCAACGAGACAUAUACUUUUUGGUGGAGCUACUUGAGUAAAGGGAAAGAAGAAGUAGAGGAAACACAGGGUACCUCAGUUUGCAAGGAAGAGGUCCUACAUGGAGUGACUUGGCCAAAUACUCCAUUUGGGCACACAGUGUAUAAUCGAACAUGUGAAUUGGGCAAGGUUGGCUAUAAUUCCCGCACUUGUGAUGGCCCAUUAUGGCAGGAGGUGUUCUACUACUGUAUCAAUGAAGAGUUGAACAAAAUUUCAGAUGCAGCAUCUAAAUUCCAGAUGGGAAUAGGGGCUAGUCAAAAAGUGGCCAUGGGUAUAUUUGAAGGACUUAAGAACCAAUCUACAUCUACAUAUGAUUCUGAUAAUCCAGGUAGCAAUAUGGCUGAAAUUGCUGCCUCCGUCAGCAUUUUAGGUGUGAUGGCUGAUUCAUCAAAACUUAUUGACAUAGACGACCGUGUCUUACCUGAUUUUGUCAAUGCCUCAAGCAACAUGUUGAACAAGUCCUGGGAAGGAGUCAACAGCACUGUUCUUCAGAACUUGUCAUCAAAUUACCUUGUGUCUAUGGAAAAUCUGGUAAAGAAUGUCAAGAUUAACCAGAGCAACAGUCCAGAACAUUUGAACAGUCCAAAUGUAGAACUUAAAUUCUGCUAUAAUGCCUGUCCAGAGCCCGUGUUUAAUAUUGGCGUGAAUCUGACAAAUGUCACCGGACGAAUAAGAACUGUUGCUUUGAAAGGUCUAACGGACAAAUUAAAAAACCCAAAAAACAAAAAUGUUACCAGCCUUUUAUUAUCACUCACAAAAGAAGACAACAAUGAUACGGAUUUACAAAUUGGUCUAAACUUCCCCACUGGAGAGGGAAUUGAACCUUCGUGCGUCUUCUGGAACACCACAACGAAUGAGUGGUCGGAUGAAGGGUGCACUGUCAAAAGUACUGAUAAAAACUAUACAUUCUGCGAGUGUAACCACUUGACUGCAUUCUCUAUCCUCAUGGCCAAGGAAGCCCCAGAAGACCCCGUCCUAAGUAUGAUUACAAAUGUGGGCCUUGGUGUGUCCAUCUGCUCCUUGCUGAUUUUCCUCAUCAUUGAAUCUCUGGUUUGGUCAGCUGUGGUCAAGACAAAUCUUUCACAUUUCCGACACACGGCCAUGGUUAACAUUGCUGUUUUCCUGUUGCUCGCUAACUGCAGUUUCUUGGCCACCAACUUUUUAAAGACUCUAGGUGACUCCUGGUGUCUUGUUAUAACGGCAUGCAAACACCUAUUCUACUUGGCCAUGUUCUGCUGGAUGCUGUGUUUGAGUGUCAUGCUCGUCCACCAGCUCAUCUUUGUCUUCAGCCCAUUGAGGAAGCGAGUCUUCAUGUUCCUGUCCAGCAUUGUAGGCUAUGUUUGCCCACUCGUUAUUGUGGGAGCCAGCUAUGUGUAUUACAAAUACACCGGGGAUCGCUACCAUGAUGAGAACUGUUGGCUAGUUUUUAACGGACUGUUGGAUGGAUCCUUGCAUGCUUUCAUCCUCCCUGUGGGAACUGUUAUUUUGACAAACCUCUUUUCCAUGGUGGUUGUCAUUCUUACGCUGUUGAAGAGCUCGGUUCCUGAUAACAGCAAGACAGAUGACAAGGAGACAGCUAAAAGUAUCCUUAAAGUGGUGAUCUUUCUGACCCCUGUCUUUGGAGUAACAUGGGUCAUUGGCUUCUGCCUGCAGCUAUUAGAUUCAAAGAGUCCCCUGCAUAAGAUUGCUAGCUACACUUUCACCAUCGUCAAUUCCUUCCAGGGCCUUUUCAUUUUGGUAAUGGGAUGUAUUGUAGAGAAGAAGGUUCGAGACGAAGUGUUAAAGCUCUUAACGGAAAAAUCUAAAGGACAUAUGCAGAGUAUAAAGAAGUCCACUUCAACAACAUUGACAAAAGACAAAUGA